AUGAGUCAGCCUGUGGACCUUGCGGCGGCUGCCAACGCAGACAGCAGCAGUAGCAGCAACAGCAGCAGCAGCAGCAGCGGCGCUGAUGCUGCCCCCUGCGCAGAUGCAGCAGGACUACAAGGCUCUCUUCUUGCCUGCGUUGCGGAAACGCAGCAAGACUUGGCUCGAGGGCAGGAGCCCCCGCAGCAGCAGCAGCAGCUGCUGCAGCAGCCGCAGCAGCUGCAGCAGCAGCAGCAGCUGCUGCAACAGCAGCAGCCCGUGCAGGAGGAGCACAAGCAGCAGCUGAAGCAGAAGCAAGAUAUUUAUUUGCAGCCUGCUUUUGCUUCUGGAGAAGUCGCGGGAACCCCUUUGGUGCACGAGCAUGAAGAGGCCCGGCAGCAGGAGCAGCAGCACGCUCAGCAGCAGCGGCAGCAGCAGCAGCAACAGGAAAAACAGCAACAAGAGCAGCUGAUACAAGAGCAGCAUAAGAUAAUGCAGCAGGAGCAGGGCCAGCAGCAGCUGCAACAGCAGCAGCAGCAGCUACUGCAGCAGCAGCUGCUGCAGGAGCAGCAGCAGCAGCUCCUGCUGCAGCAGGAGCAGCAGCUGCAACAGCAGCAGCAGCAACAGCUGCUGCUGCAGCAGGAGCAGCAGCUGCAGCAGGAGGGGGAGCAGCAGUUGCUGCAGCAAGAGCAGCAGCUGCAGCAGAAAGGGCAGCAGGCGCUGCUGCUGCAGCAGGAGCAGAAGCGGCAGCUGCAGCAGGAGGAGCAGCAGCGGCAGCUGAAGCAGGAGGUGCAGCAGCGGCAGCUGCAGCAGGAGGAGCAGCAGCGGCAGCUGCAGCAGGAGGAGCAGCAGCGGCAGCUACAACAGGAGGAGCAGCGGCGGCAGCUGCAGCAGGAGGAGCAGCAGCGGCAGCUACAACAGGAGGAGCAGCAGCGUCAGCUGCUGCAGCAGGAGCAGCGGCGGCAGCUGGCGCAGCAGGAACAGCAGCAGACGCUGCUUCAGCAGGUGCAGCAGCAGCAGCUGCUUCAGCAAGAGCAACAGCGGCAGCUGCUUCAGCAGGAGCAGCAGAGACAGAUGCUGCAGCAGGAGCAGCAGUUGCAGCAGGAGGAGCAGCAGCGGCAGCUGCUGCAGCAGGAGCAGCAGCGGCAGUUGCUGCAGCAGGGGCAAGAACGGAAGCAGCAGCAGCAGCAGCAAGAGCAGUUGACGCAGGAGCAUCAAGAGCUGCCUGGGCAACAGGAUCGACAACAGCAGCAGCAGCAGCGAGAACAACAGCAGCAACAGCAGCAGCAGCGAGAACAGCAGAAACGGGAGCAGCAUCGGCAGGAACAGCAGCAGGAGGUGCAGCAGCCACAUGAAGUGGGGCGGCAGCAGCAGCUGCAGCCUCAGCCUCAGCAGCAACAGCCACAGCCUCAGCCUCAGCAGCCGCAGCCGCAGCCUCAGCAGCAGCAGCAGCAGCCGCAGCCUCAGGCUCAGCCUCAGCAGCUGCAGCAGCAGCAGCCGCAGUCUCAGCCUCAGCGGCAGCAGCCGCAGCCUCAGUCUCAGCAGGAGCAACUGCAACCUCAGUCUCAGCAGCAGCAGCCACAGCAGCAGCAGCAGCAGCAAUAUCAGCCGCAGCCGCAGCCGCAGCCUCCGCCUCAGCAGCUGCAGCAGUCACAGUCACAGUCUCAGUUGCAGCAGCCGCAGCCUCAGUCUCAGCCUCCGCAGCAGCAGCUGCAGCAACAGGACCAGAUGCAGCAGCAGCCGCAAGAGCAUGUGCAGCAGCAGGAGCAAGAGCAUCUGCAACAGAAGCAGCAGCAGCAGCUGCUGCUGCAUCAGGAGCAGGGGCAGGAGCAGCAACUGCAACAGCAGCAGCAGCAGCAGCAGCAGCAUGGCGCAUCGGAUGUCGUCGUCGGGCGCCGGCCGGGUCUCUCGCUGGACCCACUGCGGCUGGAGGCCCCCCAGGAGGUGCAGCAGCAGCAGCAGCAGCAGCAGCAGCUAGGAGAUGAGGGGCCCCACAGGGUGUCUCCUCAGAGCCUUUCUGACGACUGUCUCCCCAGCGGCGCUGCUGCUGCGCUGCGGGCGAUCGGCGCCGCGAACGCAGCAGCAGCAGCAGCAGCAGCAGCAACAGCGACAGCAGCAGCAGCAGCAGCAACGGGCUCGCCCUCCUCAGAGAUGGAGCGAAAAAAGAAGGAAAAAACGCAGUUUCUGGGGUGUACAUACACCUCAGCAGCAGCAGGAGGAGCAGGAGCAGCGGCAGCAGCAGCAGCGGAAGCGGAAGCAGUAUUAGCAGCAACAGCGGCAGCACUAGCGGCAGCAGCAGAAGUAGCACCGGAAGCAGCAGAAGCCGCAGCAGAAGCCGCAGCAGUAGCAGAAGUAGCAGCAGCAGCAGCAGCAGAUACAGCAAACAGCAGCAAUGAAGCUGCGCAGCAGCGCCGCUGCUGCUAG